AUGAAUGAGUGCUAUUUCCAUCCUAAAGAGUUGGUUGUGGGGGUUUGUGCAUUGUGCUUGAAUCAAAGACUUCUAGUUUUAGCUUCAAAGCAAGACCAAGCAACUCAUACAAAGAAACGCUCCAUAUCCCUGCCAAAGAUUUUUGCACUCAGUGGUGUACUAAAUGGCCAAGAAAUCAGACACCUCAAAUCCCAGGAUUGUAUCAGUUCCUCCAGCAGUCAAGAAGACUCCUUUAUAUCAAUCAAGUUUGAAGACAAUGGUGUUGCCUCUUGGGACAAGAGCACAACCAAGAAAACAAAGAGUGUAGUAGAGCAAGCGAAACCGCGUAUCACGCUAAUGUGGCGGAAGCGGAUUGGCUACCUCUUCCAGCUCAGCAGAUGGAGGAGGUCUAGUAAACACAAUGUGGGCACAAAGCUAGAAGGGGCAAAGGCUAGAUAUGGAUGGAUAAGGACCCUUGCAAAGAGGAGGACCAAUGAAUGA